AUCAGUUGAAUAUAGCAUCUGUUUCCAUAACGAUCUUAACAAUAAAAUAUACUGACUUCUGGCAAUUUAACAUGCCGUACAUAGGAAAACAACGUGCUCAAGGUAUAAGUGGUGUUCGGCGAAAGAAACCGUUUGUAGGAAAACGUCAAAUGCGAAGGAGAGUCAACAUUUCCGUUGCAACAUUCAACAGAAGAGAUGAUAUGAAUACCGUAAUUGCUGGUGACAUCGUUGAAUUGGACAGUGCUGGUCCCCCAUUUUCAAUUGCCGCCCAAUGUAGUGAAUUUCCAUCACUAGAUUGUGAUCGUGAUCAAACUAUAAAUACUGGAGAAGGCUUAGCAGUGAAUAGGGAUCCUUAUCAGUAUAAUUCAGAUUACGAGUCUCAGGAAGAAUAUGAAUCUGAUAAUGAAUUGCAAAGACUUGUAUUAGAUUCGAGUGAUUCGGAGGAGGAUCAAGAUGAUUUUCCUUGGGAUUGGAAUGACCUUCGUGAUGAUGUCAAUGAUGUCCUAGAUGAACAGAGCAAAAGAGAGAGCAAAUUCAAGACAAGUUUGGUAAACUGGGUGGUGGAAUGCAAUAUUCCACGCAGUCACGUGAAUAACUUGCUAAGAAGACUCAAAGACGACGCCGGAUUGAAUUAUUUGCCCCUUGAUUGGAGGACCCUUAUGUCAUCGAAAAGAGGGAAGGUCGAUGUCAUCGACAUGAAACCAGGGAAAUACCACCAUUUUCAAGUAGAACCUGCUAUGCAUGCUAUUUUACUGGCUAUGGAAGCAAAAGGCAUUUCCAUCCCUGAAGAGGUGUUUAUUUUAUUUAACAUUGAUGGCCUUCCAUUAUCGAACAGUAGCUCCAGUGAUUUCUGGCCAAUAUUAUGCAAAGUGCUAGGUUGGGAUGAUGUAUUUGUUGCUGGAAUAUAUCACGGAGCGAAGAAACCGCAGGAUAUAAAUGCCUUUCUUGCCUCUUUUAAGGAAGACAUUGUAAAGCUGAAUAAAACUGGUGGCAUUGUCUUUAAUGGUCAAAUUGUCAAAGUGUCUAUCAGUGGUUUAUGUAGCGAUGCCCCCGCGACGUCAUUUGCAUUAAACAUUGCUCCUCACAACGCCUAUUAUGCCUGUAGAAAGUGUACUACAAAAGGCUUGUGGGUUUCCAACUUGAUUACAUGCCACACCCAACCAAAAACUGGCGGUCGUGUCACGUACCCAGAACUUGAUGCGCCCCUCCGCACAGACGAGACAGAGUUAGACUCUCACCUGACAAUAUCAAUGCAAUUUCUCUUUACCGAGUUGGAAUUCGAAAUUAUAUUCCACGAGAUUUUGUUAGAAAAACUAGGCCUCUUGAAGAACUCCCCCGCUGGAAAGCAACCGAAUUAA